AGCAAAACGGAGGCUUAAAGUCCAUCGCCACAUCAUCACACUUACUAUAUAACAUGUUAUAGCCUGUACAACUAUCAAGGGAUUUAUUAGUGAUACCUGCAGCUUGGUGAUGGGACAGAAAGCGAAACAAGCCAGAUCACCGGUUUGAAGUAAGUCUUUUGAGGGGAGGCAACUUCCAGCACAGAGAAGCACAAAAAAACACAAGAGGACCGCUCAAGAAAAGCUUCAGCAAGCAGCCAUGAAGGACAAAGUGAGGAGAGGGGGAGGAAGAAAUCAGGCCAAGACUGAUGUAAUCAGCCGGGCUGGUGGAAAGGAUGCAGUUAUGAAGCAAGGUGAGGACACGUCGUUCCCUGUGAAGAUCCAAGGGGCAGGAGUAGAGCCAUUUGAGCUGCAGGUUCAUGGUUUUUGGCAUGUUCAAGAUGCAGUAAUGGCUCUGCUUUCGAGGGACGAGGUGAGUCCACGUUCCAAUCUGUCACUGGCACUGGCUGGCACGACUCUGGACCCUCUCGCAGAACUGCUAAGUAUUAAAGGGCUUAAACCAGGAGCCAUCCUUCGCCUGGUGGAAGAGCCCUACACUGCCCACUCAGUCCGGCUCCAUCUGGCUCGUGUGCUGGAGCUGCUGAGAGCAUCGGGACCUCAGGAUGCACUGAGAGAAGGACGCUCACCAAGUGUACUGGAGGCACUCACACAUACGCAUACGCCAGACUCCAGCUUAUCGAAUGGAAAGAGUCUGAAACGCACUUUAAGCAACACAAAAACAGAAACAACCAGCCCGGACAGCGCUCCCCCAGAGUACCUCCUCCCUGGUUCCUCAGAGAGACCACUCAUGGCCCUGCUACCACAGAGCUCUCAGCCAGAAGCCCCCGGUUACUUGAAGGAUUUGUCUCUGAGUUGCUGGAAUCCACCUCCAGGACACAGGAAGCUGCAGGGAGACUUCCUGUACAUCACUGUGGUGACAAUAGAAGGGCGACGGUGUGACAUCACAUCCUGUCCAAAAGGUUUCUUUCUCAAUAGGUCUACAGAGGACGUGUUCGAUCCUCGCCCUGCGCAGUCUUCCCCAGUUUGUCACAGUUUUACUGAGCUGCUCUGUCACAUCAGCCCUGCCUUCAAACAAGCUUUUACCACACUCAAAAACAGGUCACAGUUAACUCCAGCAGAGGUGAUGCCCACUCAUUACCACACACUGAGCUGGCUCGGGCCUCCCUGUGCCUCUCGCACUCACAAAAACACCUUCAGCAGACUGGCAGUGGAUAACGAGCCAGCAACACAGGCUCCAGACUGGAAUGAGGAGUUGCAAGCAGCCAGAGAUCGUCCAGUUGGCACUCUGGAGGAGAGGCUGCAGAGAGACAGGGCUCUGCUUCAGGUGAACAGUGCAUUUGUGAGGGCUGUGAUGCAGGGGGCAGUGACAGUUGUAGAUGGCUUUGCAGAGCCGGUUAAUGGAAACCCAGAGGACCCCGCUUUCCUGUGGGGUGGCCUGUUCAUGAGCCAGGGGGCGGCAAGUGCAAUGUUUGGCGGGGAAAGGGGUCGCAGGGCUGCUCAGAGACUAGAGCUUAAAGGAGUUCAGGCCUACAGUAACAUAGAGGGACUACAAGCGCUGCACACUCUACCUACAGCCAUUGUAGACUACAGAGGAGUGCGGCUAUCUGCUCAAGGUCUGGCUCCUGGCUUAGAAGGCUCAGAGCAGGACCAGGGAACCGCUCCUGCUUCAAGGGGUUUGCUGUAUGGUGUAAAUGCAGGACCCCAAGAGUCCCCCCACCGCAGACGGCUGCUAGAGCUCUUGGCUCACGCUGCCAAGUCUCUUUGUCUCCAGAGACAUGUCGUCGUGACACCCAGCUGUCAACAGGUACCACUGUUCACGUCAGUGGAUGCUCAGGGUCUACUGGGGGCUGAUGGGAGGUUCUACAUACUGGAUGUGUUCAGGACCUCCCCGGCUGAUGCCAACUUCUGUCCAGAGGUGGAGACAGAAAGUCAGAUGGUCAUUGAAGAAAAUGAGAGUAAUAAAGGCUGUGAGGGCGAUGAGGAGAGGAAGGGUUGUGUAAAAGAAGGCUGGCCAGAGAAUUAUCACUCAGACUCCGGGCUGCCGAGGAGUUUUCCUCAUGGUCUAUGUAGACUGAAGCCAGAGCUGGUGCAGGCCUUCAUCCAGCACAAACAUUGCCAGUUCACUCAGCGUGUCAGGGAGAUCUUGGACGAGAAUGGAGGCUUUGAAGAAUGCGCAACAGCAGGUGACUCUCGAGCCACUAUGGCAGUACGAGCGGCUUGUAAAGAAGUGGGCUCAGUUAGCGACAUUAUCUUUGAGAUGCGCUUCAACUCAAACAUCUUCUCUCCAGGAAUAUCCUUCCCUGCUACUGAAAGUAAAUCAACAAAGCUGCAGGGAAGGUUGUUGAGGGAAGCUGCAUCUUUCAUCAUUACACACCAGAUACCAGCCUUUGUGGAGUGUUGCCUCCAAAGCAAUGAAGCACCAAUGGAUGGAGCUUCUCUAAAACAGGCGCUACACCAGAGAGGCAUCAACCUCCGAUAUCUGGGUCAUGUGAUCAAGACCAUCAGCCAGUCAGAACACAAGGAGCGCCUGAGGCAUAUAAUGAGAACAAUCAUAGGUGAAAUUUUCAUUCGCUCAGCAAGACGAGUGUUCAACAGUUUCCUCCAGGGUGUGGACGUGCCCAGUCUUUCUGCAGCUGUCAGUCACUUCCUCUGCUGCCUGUUGGUUCCUCACUUCACACCCGCCUCCGUGCAGGAGGAGACUAAAAAGAAGUCGAGGCGGCGUGGCCGAGGUGCUGGUGCCUCCGAGAGCACGCCCUGGAGCACGCUCACAGGGGCUGAGCUGUAUAACCUGGUCUGCCAGGAAGCUGUUGAGACAUAUAACAUCACUGACAGCCUCGGCUCCAGUCCAAACCACCUGGUGGAGCACUAUGGCCUUCAUAAGAUCUCUUUGCUAAGAGAGUUCUGUCUGAAGACUGGAGUACAGCUGAGGCUGAGAGACUACUUCCUCGACAACCAAAGUAAAGCUCCCAUUGGUCCAGACGACGUCCUCAACAUCUUCCCCAUCGUCAAGCAUAUUCGCAUUCCAACUGUGGAUGCUUCAGCAGCGCAUCAAGCUGCACUGACCUCCAUUCAGAAAGGUCUGCUGGAUCAGGCCCAUGAGAACCUGAAAGAAGCAGUCUACCUGUUUGGCAGAGUGUGUGAUGACCUGCACCCUGAGGCCUGUUACUGCCACAGCCUGUUGGCCAGGGUGGCCUUCCUGCAGGGGAAGGCAGCUGAGGCUCGCAGUGUCCAGCUGAAAGCAGUGGUCAUCAGUGAGAGAGUGCUUGGCUUUGACCAUCCAAACACCAUCCAGCAAUAUGCUCUCUUGGGUGUGUAUAUGUUUGCUGGAGGAGAAACUGCCCUUGCCCAGAAGUGUCUCCUCAGAGCUCGUCUGCUAACGCUAACAGUCCAUGGAGAGGACCAUCCCUACAUUGCCACGCUGGAUACCUGUCUUGGGUUGGUGCUGACAGGAGAUCUGGCAGGGCAGUACUUGAAGAACGCCCUCAGACUCAACAUUUCCUUCUUCGGAUCCACUAAUGUACACACUGCUCUAAAUCAGCACCUGUUGGCCCAGUGGAUGUGCAGCAAAGGUGACUACCGAAGUGCUAUGAACUUUGAGAAAGAGGCCCUGGCUGCUUUUACCUCCUUGUUUGGAGAGGAUCACGCUCAGACACGCUGCAGCAAAGAGUUUCUGUGCACCCUAACCAAGCAAGCGGUGAAGGUGGAACGCUCCCUCAGACAGGCAGGAGCUGACCAGACGGAGCAAAUAGUGGAGUGUCUGACUCCCACAACUGACAAUGUGCUGGAGCAAAUGGUUCUGGUGAUGGGGGUCAGGAGGAUUACACAAAGUGACAGGUUCCAGGAGUAUAAGCAGAAACACCUGGAACUGAAGGCAGCUGUGGCGAAAGAACUGGGAUUUAAAAUUCCCAACGAGCUUGUGCCCUCAGAGACUGUGCAAGAGGGGGAGAAGAGCCCAGCUCAAGAAACAGGAUGCGGGAAGGACGCUGAGGACGGAGGAAUCUCGGCAGAGGAGAACACCAGCGAGGGCCAACAGGAGCAGCCAGUGGAAGAGACCUUGGUGGAGGGAGCGGCCAUAGCUUCAGCUAAUGGUCACGUGGUGAAGCCGGCUGAACAGAACCAGCAUGGGGACAGUGACACAGCAGCUUCAGAUGCUGAGGUCAAGAUAGUGAACGGGGAGUCAGAGGUCAGGGCUGCAGGAGAGGAAACUGAGAUGAAGUCAGAUGACGUUAAUGGUGAGAUGAAUGGAGCUUUGGAAAUCACCACUAGCCCAACAGUCCUUAAGAGUAAAGGGACCUGGGCAGAUGUUGUUUCAAAGGCUCCCGUAGCUAACGGAACAGUCAAUGGAGUGACAGAUAGCGUCACAGAGAACGGAGUAGCUGAGGAGUGAAAACAGAAAAAAGAUGACAGUGUUGUAACCGAGUUUUUACAAGUCACUGCUGUAAGAUAAAAUUCUCCCAGGAUCCCAGAUGAAACCUGAUCCGAUGAACAGGAAGCAGAGCAUAAGAUGACAGAGAGUCAGAUGAGUACUUCUUUGUGUUGGAGAUAUUAAUGCUGAUGCUGGGAGAGGGCUGUACUGUUGAGUGUUACGUUUUUUCAGCAAUAAACUUUUUACUCUG